AUGAUGAAAUUCCUCGUCGCGUGCCUGACGCUCAUUUACGUCUCUUCCGGGACGGUGAACGCACUGCCCAGCCCUGAAGAUCUCACAGUCCUAGCCUACAGAGCCUGGGACUUCCGUUUCCUCGGUGAAGCACCCCCGGUUUGCAACAGCUCCGUGAACAACAUCGAAUUCACUAUUCUUCACUACUCCGGCUCACAACGGCGCGAUUGUCAGGAAUUGAAUCUUGCCGAGUUCAAUUCAACAAACGUCAAGAGUAUCUCAUGGAAAAGCCCCUCAGAUAUGAACCGGUAUGAUCUUUGCAUGUUCCGCUCGCCUGACUGUUCCGGUGGGGAGGGCAGCCUGCUGGGGAACAUUGUCAGUGGAUGGGAUGUGUGCUAUCUAUACAAUGGAUUCAAGUCAUGGACCGUUGUACCGAAUGGGGAGGCUUGCGUUCCAGAUGUGGGCGAUGCUGUCAAGGGUGAGGAUGAAUUAAGGUCUGAUCUGACAUCUGGAGAUUGUUGA